AUCAAUUAUUUUCAACAUUUUUAUUUAAUAUUAUUUUCAUUAUUAUUAUUAUUAGAAGAAAAAUAGCAAAAGAGUAGGAGAAGGAUAAGCUUAAGCUCACAAUAUAUUUAAUCAAAAAAUAAAAAUAAAAAAAUCAAUUUUUUUUUAAAAAUAUUUAUAUUUUGCCUACUUAUUUGAUUUUUAAUUUUUUUUGCCUACAAAUGCCUCUCCGUUCAUCACCGCCGGUGACUUCCAUUUCCUUCUCCUUCCUCCACCACCCACCCACCCACCCAAUCUAAUUUGGUUGGGUGGGGUUCUUCAAAAUUUUCCGGCGAGGUGUCACUUGCUUUAUUUUCCGACAAGGGGUUGCUUGCUUAAUUUUCCGGCAAGGAGCUGGUUAAUUAUCCAGAGAAGGGUCGUUUGCUUAAUUUUCCGGCGAGGGGCUGCUUAUUUAUCUGGAGAAGGGUUGCUUGCUUAAUUUUCCGGCGAGGUGCUGCUUUGCUUAAUUUUCCGGCGAGGGGCUGUUUAAUUAUCCGGCGAGGUGCUGCUUUACUUAAUUUUCCGGCAAGGAGCUGCUUCCUUAAUUUACCGGCAAGGGGCUGCUUUAUUUAUCCAUAUUGGGGUUGCUUGAUUAAUUUUCCGGCAAGGAGAGGGUUAAUUUACCGGCGAGAGGCUGCUUGUUUGAUUUUUCCGGCGAGGGGUGUUUAUUUAUCCAUAUUGGGGUUUCUUGCUGAAUUUGCCGGCGAGGGGAGAAAUCAUAACUUCCGAUCGAAUUAAUGACAAAGCAAAUAGUGCUGCGUGCACCUUCAUCACUUUCAAUCGACCGGCGCCGGCAACCUCUUUUAUCGAACCAAGACACAUCAUCACGAGGUGGUGUUCGAAAAGCGCGAUUAGCAGAGGUUGCCGGCGGAACAGCGGCGGAAUGCGCCGCUGUUUGCUGUUGUUGCCCAUGUGGACUCGUUAACCUCCUCGUAAUGGCAGUUUACAAACUUCCGGCGGGACUUUGCCGGAAAGCACUACGGAGAAAACGCCGACGCCGGCAAAUGAAGAAGAAGAUUCUACAAUCACAAUGCAGUAGCUGUGACGACUCGGAACUUUCGAUUCACCCCAUCGACGGAGCCACCACACUUGCGGUGGUCGACGGCGGAAAUAGCUUGAAAGCUGAUAAAGAUGUGGUGGCGCUGGAGAAGGAAAUGUGGAGUAAAUUUUAUGGGGCUGGGUUUUGGAGAAGUCCCUCUCAAAGGAGUGACAUGUAAUAAUAAUAA